GGAUGACCUGACGGCUCAUUGUAAAUAAAGCGGCUUCGCGCAGCCGUAAUUGCGCAAGGAUGGCAGACUCGGCCUCCCUGCAGGACACGCUGCCCGAGGAGGAGAGGGAAUUUCAGAAGGCUAUAGCUCUGAUCGGAGGUAAAGAGAGGAUUUAUUUGGUGAGUGAUCCAUGUAAAAGUAAAGAGGUGGGCGGGGAUGACGUUGGAAUAUUGCGAGAGUUCAUCCGUGAAAUGUUUCCCGGCAGCCCGGCGAACAUCUACGAAACUACAAGUCCAAACGACGUUUGCGUCAAGGCAGAGACAGUGAAAAGCAGUGACAUACCUCUGACAGCAAGGCCCACGGGUUUGGAUUUGAGAGCGUGUCCGGAGGGAGAGAACGGGGAGGAGGAGAAGCGGCCAGCGCGCAAUGGCAGCGGUCAGCGAACAGCCACGAGGAGGGCGAACAUUCACAGCCUCAAGCGAACCAUAGACUCUCCCGUCAUCAUAUUCAUCUUCAGGCAGACAUUUCUCAGCGAAAAUUCCAACCAGCUGUGCUUAAAAGAGAUCUUGAAGGACGUAAAGGCACGCACGAGACACGCCAGAAUCGAGCGACCAGCGUUGAUCGGAUUAAUACGCACCGGACAGGAGAGCGCCGAGACGCAUCAGUGUGCGCAACUCCUGGAGCGUCUGAUUCGCUCAGUGUUCCACAAGCAUUCACCUGGGACCAUGUGGGUCGGCACCUUCAUCCCGAAGACAGAAGCAAAGAUGCUCAGCAUCAAGAGAAACGCCUGCAAAGCGAUUCACUCAUCGCAAACAGCAGAUAAUACCAGGGAUAGACGGAACCCGCUUUUCUGGCCAUUUCAAUGUUUGUUCUGGCCUCAGAGAAGAGGAGGCAGAGGCCAUGCCAACAGUGCUUCAAGCAGCAGGAAAAGAGGUGACAGUGGAAGUAUAGAAGAAAGCAUCCCUCUGAAAACCAACUCCUUGUCUGCUGGGCCUCCUGCGGAAGGAGGAUCAUCUGGAAGAGACAGCUAAUGGCACAUGACCUGUGGCUGGAGGCAUAUCCGUGACAAUCCUGUUUUUACUUUCAAGUUGGCCUCAUGGUGCAACAGAGCCUUAUUACAUGUUAGUGUUUCUUCAUGCUGCGCUAUAUUCCCACUGCUGAGCCGCCACGAUUCUUCUCCUGAAGAAAUAAGUUGCUAAAUUGUCAAAUCUGUUGCCGUCUACCUUAUUUACACAUUGUCUGUAAUGUACAAUGGUUGGUCACAAAGGGAGUUACUGUGUUUGUUAUGUGGUGAUGGCACAUCAUUUAACACCAGUCUUUUGUUUUCUGUUCUUUUUCUUUUUUGACACAGGUUUAGGUAGAGAUUUUUUCAGUUAUUUUAAUACAUAUUAAAACUGUAGUAUGGCUUGGCUAGAAAGCUUACAGCAAAAGUACUUCCUUAAUGAUGAUGCAUAGUCAAAUAUAGUGCCGGAUUACCAACUGGCCCCAGUACUCCAGUGGCCAUUAAAACCUGCAUCACAACAGGGGCCUUGCAGCUAUUUCUUUCCCCCCUGAGGCCCUCCCGCAGGUUCAUCUUGCCGUAGUCUAUCAAUGUCUUUUUUUCAUUUUCAUUUAUUAGUGGAGUUGUGUGCCUUAGAUGAUUGCUAUUGAUAGUAGCAUUAUCUUUAACAGAAACUGAUGA